CCCCUCCCCCUGCCCCCUGUGUGUCCUUCCCUCAGAGGGAGCCCGCUUGGCCACUAGCCCCCAUCGCCGUCAUUGUCGCCAUCGACGACAUUGUCGCCGUCGCCACCAUGCCCCGGGGGAGCCGCAGCACCGGCGCCCGUCAGCCCAGCCGCUCAUUCCAGUCCCCUGCCCAGCCCCCGGCCCACCCCCCGCCUGCGGCCAUGGCCACCCCCGCGGCCCCGUCGGGGCAGCCCGGGCUGAUGGCCCAGAUGGCCUCCACGGCCGCGGGGGUGGCCGUAGGGUCCGCCGUGGGCCACAUGAUGGGUAGUGCCCUGACCGGAGCCUUCAGCGGAGGGAGCAGCUCCGAGCCGGCCCAGCCGACCAGCCCUGCCCAGGGGCAGCAGGCCAGGCCGCCCUCGCAGUACGGGCCUUGUCACUACGAGAUCAGGCAGUUUCUGGACUGCUCCACCAACCAGAGCGACCUGACCCUGUGUGAGGGCUUCAACGAGGCGCUGAAACAGUGCAAGUACAACAACGGUCUGAACUCUCUGCUCUAAGGAAGCCGGCCCCCAGGAGCAGGCCCGGAGCCCCCUCCUGCCACCGAGGGAGCACUGGCAGCCCGGGGGAACGGAACCAUCCAGCCAAAAACCACGGUGCGGAAAUCGGUAGAGAUGUGCCCGACGGGAGCGCGUGGGUUGGGAGCUGAUGGGGAUUUUAGAAGUCAUCCCGUGGCAGACUUGAAAGGCAAAUGUGCAAUUAAAGAAUGUUUAUUUUAGUCUA